AUGUACGGUUGCCCGCCCACACCCGGCAACCGCGGAGAUUUCCCUAGCUGGCCAGUGUUAGCUGCACCUCUAACAGGUGCUGCGGGGGCCGUGCGGGAGGCGGUGCCUUUUCUUCCGGUUCCGGUCUCGGCUUCGGGAGGGCGGGAGAGAUGCUGCAGUCUCCGAGGGGGCGGGCCGGGACCGCAUUCCUGCAACUCGCAAUCGCGGCGCGCACCAUGGCUGGAGCGCCCGCCGUCUCGCUCCCUGAACUCCGUUCGCUCCUAGCCUUGGGCCGGGCCCGACUCAUCGAUGUGAGAUCUCGGGAGGAGGCGGCCGCUGGGACCAUCCCUGGGGCGCUCAACAUCCCGGUGUCUGAGUUGGAAAGUGCCCUGCAGAUGGAGCCAGCUGCUUUCCAGGCCUUGUACUCCACCCAGAAGCCAAAGCUGGAAGAUGAGAAUCUGAUUUUCUUCUGUCAGAUGGGCAAGCGGGGCUUGCAGGCCACCCAGUUGGCCCAGGGCCUUGGAUACACCGGGGCUCGAAAUUACACAGGGGCCUAUAGAGAAUGGCUCCAGCAAGAAGGUUAGGUAGAAGAUGGUUUACUGAUUGCCCCCUUCUCGCCUGCCCAUGGCCACCUUGACUAAGGGUGAUGAAGGGGCUGACUUGUUGGGUUGGGCAAUGCCUUGUAGCGCUGUGCAUGCAAAAGCAUCAAAUAAAGAGCAUUUAAUCAAA